CACGAGCACCUGCAGCCAAAGCCAGAGUCCGCCCGACCCAGCGGUAAAUCAUUCAUUCUCUCUUCCUUUGUUCAUCUCAUCGACCAUCCCGCGCAACCGACGACUCUUCUGCAACUUCCAGUCCUUUGACUUGACUCUGCUUCCCUUCACUCCCCGCCGGACCAGACAAGACUCGAUCCCCACCGUCCCGUCCGUCUGUCCCUUCUCUCCCGACUCUUCGUCGCCCGCCUCUGAAUCCAUCCGACGGCCCUGCGACGACGAUUCAGCCUCCCUGCGCGCGUUAGAUUUCUAUCCCACCGCCCCACGAGUGAAGGCUUCUAUAGAGAGAGCUCCUCAAACAACAAGACACAAUGGCUGCGAACACAAAGUUCCUACGAGAGUACAAGCUCGUCGUUGUCGGAGGAGGUGGUGUCGGUAAAUCAUGCUUGACCAUUCAGUUGAUUCAGAGCCAUUUCGUCGACGAGUAUGAUCCCACAAUCGAAGACUCGUACCGAAAGCAGUGCGUUAUCGAUGAAGAGGUUGCUCUGCUCGACGUCCUCGAUACCGCCGGUCAGGAAGAGUAUAGCGCCAUGCGAGAGCAGUAUAUGCGAACCGGAGAGGGAUUCCUACUAGUCUAUUCCAUUACUUCGCGACAGAGCUUUGAGGAAAUUACCACCUUCCAGCAACAGAUUCUGCGAGUCAAGGAUAAGGACUAUUUCCCCAUGGUCGUUGUUGGCAACAAGUGCGAUUUGGAGGGCGACCGAGACGUGUCACGACAAGAGGGUGAGGCGCUGGCAAGGUCAUUUGGCUGCAAGUUCAUUGAGACGUCGGCCAAGUCUCGCAUCAACGUUGACAAGGCCUUUUUCGAUAUCGUGCGAGAAAUCCGGAGAUACAACCGCGAGAUGCAAGGCUACUCGACCGGCAGCGGCGGCACCGCAGGCGCAAACGGCCCACCCAAGCCCAUGGAUAUGGACAACGGCGAGCAAGAGGCUGGAUGCUGCGCCAAGUGCGUGCUUAUGUAA